AUGUCCCUCAAGCGCAAGGCUUCGUUUCCAAGCAUCGCAUCUCCACAAUCACCUCAGACCGCAAUUGACCGACGCUUCAUGGACGACAGCCCGAAACACCUUCAUUGCCGGACAAGAAAGCGGUUGAGAAACGACCGCCCUGACGACCAAGAAGUAUAUGACAAAACCCUUCGAUGGCUCUUUACUGCUCAGCAGCGCGUGCAGCAAGUACCUACCCCGCCUACUGAACCGGAACAAGACGAGGACAUGGAGCAGGAAGCGCUGCCUGCAUUCGACCCUCGCCAACAAACACUGCUACAGUUCUUUCGUCGCACCCAACCACAGCCUUAUCGUCAGCCCUCUCAACAACCUUGCCCUUCGAUUCCUAUAGACCAGUUAUCAGGCGAGCCAGGGCCCUCGCGAAGCGGAAAUGGGUUCUUGCAUGGUCGCGACGUCGGGAGUGUCUCACCGUCCUCUGCAAGUGAUAGCGAAACAUUGACACCAGCCUCCCAGCUCGCUGAUCGUGACAUGGACAUGGAUAUCAAUAUGAAUUGGCACACCUAG